GGGAGGUUGAGUUUCUGGAGCUGCAUAGUUUCACUUUCACUCUGACAGCAGUGUCGCAGUAUUUUUUACUUCCAAAAGGUAAUGUAAAUACUUUAUUAUUUUAUUACUCUUAUCACCAGGGUUCUUGUGUCAUCCGUUUAUUCAGUUAUUUCAUUCUGUCAACAACAAAAGUUAACGAGAAAAACAAGUCCGAAUUGUGUUUUUUGUUUUCUAGGCAUCUUUAUCGAGGCGUCUGAAAUGGCGGACCGUGUGCUUUAGACACAGCGUUACUGUUUUCUUUGUGUCACUUCCUCCACAGAUAUCUCCUCAACUCCAGUAAACAACUGUAGAAUUCACAUUUAACUACCAAAAUCUUUUCACAUGGAGGUCCCUGAAGUGAAAUGUUAUUAACCCUGAACAUGUAAGGGGGCUGCUCGACACUAAAAGGAGAACUACUGGUGUAAUAAACAAGGAAACCAACUUUUCCUUCCCCUUUGUUGUGUGAGACUAUUGAGUUUCUCUUCAACACCAGGCUCUGCUUCAAGUGACUUAAAUUAUUUUGUGUUUGACUGAACAGGAAAAGUGGACAAAAGCUCCAAACUAACACCUAACAUACAGCGGCAGUAAUGUGGAACAGACAACAUGUCACUACGUUAAUCUUCCAAGUAAAUCAGGCUGUAAAUAUUUUAUAUAGUGAUGACAAAUAUGCAUAUUCUCAUACAGCUACUUAUUAAACUUGCAGCAUAAAGAAGGCAGUCAUAGAGCUCAUAACUUCUGCACACUGUGUCACAAGGUGUAAAGAAAGCUGCAGGACAACAAACAUUCUGCUUGUGCACUUGUAAAGUCUUUCACAUUUGACUGUGACCGUCUUUUCACUUUCACCUUUCAUCUAAAGUGCAUUUAGUGUGAGAGCAGGAUGUGUUUCUAAUGUGUCAUAGUCAAAAGUCAAAAGAAGAGACCUCUGUGGAUCAUUCGGCUCCUGAUAAAAACCUCCUGAACAAUGAACACUGAAGGAAUUCUAGCUGGUAAGUUUUAGGUGGUUGCAAUCUGCAGUUCACCAGUAGAGGCCACCAAAUCCCUGUAAAUCUUCCACUCUUCUUAAAUAGUAUUUGUGUCGUCUUUUUCUCAGCAGAUGUUUUGAGUUGUAGUUGCAGGAAAAGCACAGGUGAUACAAAUGUGUCCUGUUUACUCCAGAGUCAGAGGUCAGCACUCAGCAGGUGUGUGUUGUGUUACAGCUCAGAGCAGCAGCAGAGACCACACUCUGCAGGGACCAUGGAAAGUGACCAGAUGGAGUCAAGAGUCCGUCUGUUCCUGUCCGCUUGCAUGAUCAGCUGUGUGUCUGUCAGGAGGAAAGAUUCACAAGGCUGCACUGCAGAUGUUAAAGACACACCCCCCUCUCCUAAAGAGAAGCCGGACGAUCUUAUUGGUCCAGACAUCGACCCUGUGGGAGAUCAUGACGACCUGAUGGCUAAAGGAAGCAGACUGUCCAUAGAGUCCUUUGACUCUGGUGUGUCCUUCAAGAGUGAUUGGUCAAAAGGUGAACCGAUUGAUUUCAAAGAAGGAGUCUCUCCCAGGUUAGACCUGUCUUCCUUCGAGAAGAAGCACGAUGUGGCAGAUGAUGGUUUCUUUGAGUCUCCAGACGACCUGAUGGCUAUGGGAAGAACGCUGUCUGAACCUGCCAAGAGUGGUUUCCACAUUCCUUUAAGACAACACUCCCCUCUCAUGAGGGCUCAUAGAAGCGUGGAGGCUUUUGGGUCUGGUUUGUCCUUGAUGAAUGAUUCCUUCAUUCGUCCUCGACAACACUCCCUCCCCAGUGUCUUUAUUACUAGGAUGGCUACGGGAAUACCACAGUCCGAACCUGUCAAGAUUGAUAUCCGCCUUCCUGGAAGUCGACAGUCCCCUUUCAGCGUGUCUACGAGAAGCGUGGUGUCUGUUGACUCUGGUGUGUCCUUGAAGAGUGAUCGGUCAAAAGACAGACUGAUUUAUUUCAUAGACUGAGUCUCUCCCAGGGGAGGAGAUGAACCAACUCUCGUCUGAAGUGGGAUGGAAACCUGGUUGAGGCACCUGACAGCAGAAAGAAUAGAUACAUAUAUUAUUUCAAGUCUAAUAAAAGUAAAAAUAAUGAUUAAUGCUCAUUAUAGGAGCCAAAGAUGUUAUUGGGAGGUUUGCUUUUAACUGUGUAAUUCACUGUGUGGGCAUUGGGGGGCACUGUGCUGUCACCUAGUGAGUUCAGGUAUUUGAGGAUGUGACCUCACUAUGGUCAUCAGGUGUUUGGCCCGGAAGGGCAAAUGGUUUUUGACCACAAUGGCUAGGGAAUGCUACAGUUUCGUUUGUUUGUUUUGUACUGAACGUCAAAUGUGGAUGUAACAGAUGGACUUUACCAUGCACACGCAAGAUAAAUGUUACGGUGAUGCAACGCAAGAAGCUUCAUGGACUCUGAUUCAGCGUUUGGAUAACGAAGGUAGCGUAGCAUGUCCAGCAACAGGCGCGUCAACCCUGGUCAAAUACCUCAGUAGCAAGUAAUGGAUUUAGCUUCUUUAACACUCAUGUGGAAAAUAAAUGGUAUCUAACGCAAUGUAAUUUGAGAACUCUCAGGUAAUUCACACUGUAGGCUAAACCCAUAUGAUGGCAGAGCCAACCAGUGAAUAAACAACACACAACAAACCUUCUAUCUUGGUCAAAACACUGGAAAGUGUGACGGAGUCUGACUGACUUUUUGCAUUAAUGUAUCUGUUCCUUGUGUAUGUUAUAAUCUGCUAUUAAUGUAACCACUGUGACACUUAAAGGGCCAGUGUGUAAUAUUUGGCAUGGUUUAUUGUCAAUCUGAAUCUGAAUAUUCUACCCAUUAAUAUGUUUAUAUAAGUGUAUAAUCGCUAUAAAAUAAAAUUCGUUUGGUUUUCGGA